CCGCGCUGCGCAGCCUCCAUCCAGGGGUGGGCCGGAAUCCCUUGCGGACGCGUGUGACGUCUCCGGAGGGCGCGACCCGUGGGAGGGGGCGGGUCCGCCCAAGCUGCUCCCUCGCAGCCGAAGUAAGUUGCGUGUUGGGGGCAGUGGCUGGUCCUCUGCAGUUAGGAAGAUGGCGCCGCCAGGGACGGAACGGGGGCUGAAGAGCGUCGUGUGGCAGAAGAUAAAAACAACAGUGUUUGAUGACUGUAAGAAAGAAGGCGAAUGGAAGAUAAUGCUUUUAGAUGAAUUUACCACUAAGCUCUUGGCAUCAUGCUGCAAAAUGACUGAUCUUCUAGCAGAGGGUAUAACUGUUGUGGAGAAUAUUUGUAAGAAUCGAGAACCUGUCAGACAAAUGAAAGCUCUUUAUUUUAUCUCUCCAACAUCAAAGUCUGUAGACUGUUUUUUACGUGAUUUUGCAAGUAAAUCAGAGAACAAAUACAAAGCAGCAUAUAUAUACUUCACUGACUUUUGCCCUGAUAGUCUCUUUAACAAAAUUAAGGCUUCUUGUUCCAAGUCAAUAAGAAGAUGUAAAGAAAUAAACAUUUCCUUCCUUCCACUGGAAUCUCAGGUAUACACCCUUGAUGUACCAGAUGCAUUCUAUUACUGUUACAGUCCAGACCCUAAUAGUGCAAAUGGAAAAGACACCAUUAUGGAAGCAAUGGCUGAGCAGAUAGUUACAGUAUGUGCUACCUUGGAUGAAAAUCCCGGAGUAAGAUAUAAAAGUAAACCUCUAGAUAAUGCCAGUAAGCUUGCCCAACUCGUUGAAAAAAAACUUGAAAAUUACUACAAGAUUGAUGAAAAGAGCCUAAUAAAGGGUAAAACUCAUUCCCAGCUCCUAAUAAUUGAUCGUGGCUUUGAUCCUGUAUCCACUGUCCUGCAUGAACUGACCUUUCAGGCAAUGGCAUAUGAUCUACUGCCAAUUGAGAAUGAUACAUACAAAUAUAAAACAGAUGGGAAAGAAAAGGAGGCAAUCCUUGAAGAAGAUGAUGACCUCUGGGUCAGAAUUCGACAUCGGCAUAUCGCGGUAGUAUUAGAGGAAAUUCCCAAGCUUAUGAAGGAAAUUUCAUCAACAAAGAAAGCAACUGAAGGAAAGACAUCGCUUAGUGCUCUUGCCCAGCUGAUGAAAAAAAUGCCGCAUUUUCGUAAACAGAUUACAAAACAAGUUGUCCAUCUUAACAUAGCAGAAGAUUGCAUGAACAAGUUCAAGCCUAAUAUAGAAAAGCUCUGCAAAACUGAACAGGACUUGGCACUGGGAAUUGAUGCAGAAGGACAGAAGGUGAAAGAUGCUAUGCGAGUACUCCUUCCAGUUCUAUUCAACAAAUAUGAUAAUUAUGAUAAAAUAAGAGCAAUCCUACUUUAUAUCUUCAGUAUUAAUGGAACUACGGAAGAAAAUUUGGACAAGUUGAUCCAGAACAUAAAGAUAGAAAAUGAAAGUGACAUGAUUCGUAACUGGAGUUACCUUGGUGUUCCCAUUGUCCCCCAAUCUCAACAAGGCAAGCCAUUAAGAAAGGAUCGGUCUGCAGAAGAAACUUUUCAACUCUCUCGGUGGACACCUUUUAUCAAAGAUAUUUUCGAGGAUGCCAUUGAUAAUAGAUUAGAUUCAAAAGAAUGGCCGUAUUGUUCCCAGUGUCCAGCAGUAUGGAAUGGCUCAGGAGCUGUAAGUGCUCGCCAGAAACCCAGAGCUAAUUAUUUAGAUGACCGAAAAAAUGGAUCAAAGCUGAUUGUUUUUGUAAUUGGAGGAAUUACAUACUCUGAAAUGCGUUGUGCUUAUGAAGUUUCUCAGGCACGUAAAUCCUGUGAAGUUAUUAUUGGCUCUACACACAUUUUAACACCCAAAAAACUGUUGGAUGAUAUAAAGAUGCUGAAUAAACCCAAGGAUAAAGUCUCCUUUAUUAAGGAUGAAUAGCUUUUUUUGGUUUGGAGAUUGCUAUCAUAUAAUGUAAACAAUGUAAAUAUUUUAUGAAAUAAUGACUUUUCAAUCUGUUUCUUAAGGGACUGCUUAUGAUUAUGUAUCAUUGGGUUUACCAUUUUUAAUAAUUUAAUAUUUUUGCUGCUUUGUAGAAGAUAAGAAGAAAUGGUGAAAUGCUCUCUAAAAGCAAAUUUUUUCACCUUUGAAACAAAAUAGAGUUGUAGGUAAUUUUUCACAGCUACCUGUUUACAUACUAAUUGCUUGUUAGAUACCUAGAUCUAUCUUAUGCUGAAGUGUAUUUUUUUUCCUGAGGAGAAAUGAUUUUAAAUGAAAAGAUUAUAAAAGUAAAAACCGUAAAUGUGUAUGUAUGAUAAUUUCUGUAAGUGCAAUUUUCUUUCAAAUGAAACCACCAUUUCCUUUAUACUUCAGUUGCUAAUAGAAAUAAAAUUAUUUCACAGUAUAUACUGUUUGCUAGAUACUUCUAAAGAACACAACUUUAUAUAAUUUUGAAAUUAUGUAUGUUUAAAUUAGGAAGCCAGAAAUAAUUGUGAACAUUCUAAGAGAAAAUAAAAAUAUAGUUACAAAAAUU